AUGCCUAAAAAAGUGAGUUACUGCAUUCCUUAUUGCUCCAACAACUUUAGAAAUAAUCCAAGUUUACAUUAUUACAGGAUUCCAAGAGAUCGAACCAUUCGCAAAGAGUAUGUGAGACUAUUACGAAAUGAAAACUUAAAGUUAGAGAGCCAAAAUACACAAAUUUGCUCUCAGCACUUUGAAGGAGGAAAAAAGCGAAAUGGCAAGUAUCUGCCUUCUCUCUUUCCCUGGACAACUGAAAAGCCAAAAUGCCAAGCACCUAAGAGAAUAAGCACUGAUCAAGUGCAGGUCAAAAGUAAAAAGAAAAAGAAAAGCCGAGUAGAACAUUUGAGUGAAGACACUGAUCAUGGCCAGCUGAUCAUGAAUGAUCAAAUCCCGUGCAAUAAAGAGCAAUCUACCAAAAGGUCUCAUAAUACUACUGGUGCUCAAACAGAAACAUUUUUAGAAAAACUUGGAGUUGAUUUCGGUACCCAGACAGAAACAUUUCCGAAAGAACUUGAAGUCAAUUCUUACAAAGACAGGAUAUCUCAGAUGGAAGCUGAAAUACGAAAGUUGACCAUAGAACUGGAGGACAUCAAAAGGAAAAUGGAAGAUGUCCAAUUUGAUAUCCAACAGUUUAAAGAUAAACCCAAAGACAUUGCUUCUUUUACUGGGUUUUUAGACUAUGAAACCUUUAUGCUGUGUUUUGAUAUUGUUGAGGAACCUUCAAGGAACUUAAGCUAUGGAUCCCAUCAAAGAAAGAUAUUUGAUACAAAUACUUCCAAUAAGCUUGGAAGGCCUAGAGAGAUAACCAUAUUUCAAGAAUUUGUAAAGGUCCUUAUGAAACUGAGACUUGGACUUUUUAAUAGAGACUUGGCUUAUCACUUCAACAUUUCUUCUUCUGUUGUUUCUGAGAUAUUUAGAAUGUGGAUCAGGUUUUUAAGAAGUGAACUGCAAGUACUGACUCAGUUACCCCCAAAGGAUGUAAUCAAGCUACACAUGCCCUCCUUGUUUAAGGAAUUUUAUCCAAGAACAGCAAUCAUAACGUAAAUGGUUUGAACCCAGGAGUGUGAUUGUCUGGGUGAGUGUAGUUCUGAAAAGAACUGUUGUUGGUGACUGAUGUUUUGACUACCUGUGCGGUAGUCAUCUUCAGAGUCAAGUGAAGAGUAGUUGUCAGUCGAUGAUGUUAUAAAGUCUGGUCUGUUGAACGUGAUUGGUCUGUUUAGCCGUGAUGUGAUUGGCGGGAAGACUCGCGUAGAGUUUGUUAACAGUCAUUGGUCGGUUUUGAUCCGUCUGUUGUUUGUCGGUUUGUUCACGUCGUUAAUGAGUCAUUUGUAAGGUACUGGUAAUUGUUGACAUCUGUUGAGAGGCGUCUGUUCUAAGUUAGUAAACCAGCUUUCCAGAGUCAGUCAUUGAAAAUAUUUUGUACUGUAGGUUAAGCAUUUCGCAGAGUCCCAGUCGAUUCUGUGAUUAGUUUGUCGGUGAUGUUCAGAAAUGUGAUUGUUUACAUCGCCAUUUCUAGUUGCUUGUUUGUGUUCAGUUAGUCGGGUGUUAAGGUUUCUACCAGUCUCACCAAUGUAGGAGGCCUGGCAGUCAGAGCACUCGAUCUUAUAAAUCGCUCCCUGUCUGUUGUUGGGUUCGUCUUUGUCUUUGACGUUGAUCAGCAAAUGUCGUAAAGUAGUAAUAUGCCUGUGAGCUACGCAAAUGUUGUAAGGUUGUAGGGUCCGCGCGAUAGCCUCAGAAGUGCCUUUGAUGUAGGGUAUAGCAGCUGUAGUCGUGACAGAUGUGGAGUCCCUGUUAGUUUCUGUAGUGUCGGUCGCCCUGUGAGUGUUUCGUCUAAUGAAGUCAGUGUUGUAGUUGUUGUUGUUGUAAUUGAUUGCACUGAAAUUGAGAUGAAAUGA